UAAAUAUCUAAUUUUGUGGGAGUGAAAUGAAAAUACCUAAAUAUAAGCAUGCAUUUGUAUUUUGUAGAGUGAAAUUCAAUCUGUUUGAUGCUUGAGCUUGAUGAUCCUUCUGCCUAUUCUACACAAGCGUUUCUUCCCCUCGCCAUUCAAAUUCCUCACACCCAACUCAUAUUAUCACGCAAAUCACAACAAUUUCGGUAAAUUUUACUGUACUGAAGCAGUACAGAUUCAGUCGGGAAAUGGCCUCAUCGAUCUCUUCGACCAUCUUCUCAAGCAUUGCAUCAGCAGAAUCGACCAAAGAUUCAAUCUCGAUGGAGCCGUUAAACAGAUCCACGCUCAGGUUACUGUUACAUCAUUGUUUUCCUCGGCGUUCUUGUCGGCCAGACUGGUUUCCGCCUACGCAAAGCUCUCCCUUUUGAACGAUGCACGGAAGGUGUUUGAUAAAUCUCCCAGAGACUGCUUUUCAAGCCCUCUGUUCUGGAACUCGAUGCUGCGUGCUUAUCUCUCUGAUUUUAGGUAUAGCGCUGCUGUUGAAUUGUAUUUCCGAAUGCGGGAGAUUAAUCUUCACCCCGACGGUUUCGGCUUUCCGCUAAUUAUAAGGGCGUGCGCGAUGAGGGGCGAUAUUAGAUUGUGUCGAUUGGUUCAUUCCCACGCCGUGCUAAUCGGGCUCUCGAGCAAUCUACAUGUUGGUAACGAAUUUGUGGGAAUGUAUGGAGAGAUCGGUUUGAUGGGAGCUGCGCUGAAGGUGUUCGACGGAAUGCCUCUGAGAAGCCGCAUCUCGUGGAACGUUGUGGUGUCGGGUUUCGCCAAGAACUUCGACUGUGAAGGCGCGGUUGGGAUGCUUCUGAGAAUGGAAAACGAGGGUUGGGAGGCGAAUCCCGUGACUUGGACCUCAGUGAUCUCGAGCUUUGCAUGGUGUGGGAUUGGUGAGAAGGCAUGGGGAUUUUAUGUUUUGAUGAGAGAGAGAGGUGUUGAUGCUACAGCUGAAUCCAUAGCUGUUGUUAUCUCAGUGUGUGAUGGAAUUAUGGCUGCUACUAAAGGUGAGAUUGUUCAUGGUCAUGUGAUAAGAGGUGGUUUUGAGAGGUAUAUAUUUGUGAGCAAUGCUCUUAUAAGCAUGUAUGGGAGAAAUGGUGAUGUGAGAAAGGCAGAGUAUCUCUUCUCAACUCUAAAUUCGAAGAGUUUAGUGAGCUGGAAUGCGUUGAUCUCGGCCUAUGCUCGGGCAGGUUUGUGUGACAAUGCCCUCUCCGCCUUCCUAAGGUUGGAGAGUUCGAACACAGUGAGGCCUAAUGUGGUGAGUUGGAGUGCUGUGAUAGCCGGAUUUGCAGCUAGCGAGGAACGUAAAGAGGCGACUUUGAAGCUCUUUCGACGUAUGCAGAAUGCUCAAGUUCUGGCCAAUGCUGUGACCGUUGCUAGCGUGCUAUCAGCAUGUGCUGAGCUAUCAGCACUCCCUCUUGGUAGAGAGAUUCACAGCCACACGAUCAGAUUGUUUAUGGACAAUGAUGUAUUGGUGAUGAAUGGUUUGAUCAACAUGUAUAUGAAAUGUGGGGAUUUAGGGGCAGGGGAAAUGCUAUUCAAGAAAAUGGAGUUUAGAGAUAUAAUCUCAUGGAACAUAAUGAUCACAGGGUAUGGGAUGCACGGAUUAGGGCUCGAAUCUCUCACGAUUUUCAACCAAAUGGUGGAGGCCGGGAUUGGGCCGGACGAGGUCACCUUCGUGGCUGUCCUCUCUGCCUGCAGCCACGCAGGUUUAGUUGCUGAGGGCCGCGAGCUUUUCCACCGGAUGAGUGGAGAGUUCAGGAUCGAGCCCCGGGUGGAGCACUAUGCGUGCAUGGUGGAUAUGUUUGGGAGGGCGGGGCUUCUUGAGGAGGCACGACGGGUCCUGAGAAGCAUGCCGAUGGAGCCCAACGCGCCUGUCUGGGGGGCCAUGUUGAGUUCUUGCGAGAUGCAUAGGAAUGUGGAUGAUGCGGAGGAGAGCGCUGCUGUGAUGUUUGGUAUGGAGAGCAGCGCAACGGGUGGAUACAUGUUGCUGUCGAAUUUGUAUGCUGCUAGCGGGCGCUGGGGUGAGGCUGCGGAGGUGAGGACGCUGGCGAGGGCUAAGGGGCUGAGGAAGGUCCCGGCGCAGAGCUGGAUUGAGGUGAGGAAGAAGGUUCACUCGUUCUCAGUUGGAAGAGGAUUUGAGUUGGAUAUGGAUGGAGUUUAUUUGGUUCUUCAGGAUUUAAAGCUGCAGAUGGUGAUGGAGAGCUAUGUGCCACAUUGCUUAUUCGAGCCGACCUGAUGUAUUUGUAUCUACAAACGAGUAUACUGUUAAAAUUUACUCCUUUCCUUCACAAAAAUACUCAUUUCUGUUAUUUUGGUGUCCAUAAAAAUUAGUUAAUUUUUAUUUGUUG